CUGUCAGUGGCAGUUGCAGACUCGGUGUCGCUGCCUGUGGCUGUGGCAGACUCGCUGUUACUGUUGGUGGCAGUGGGUGUGGCAGUGGCAGACUCGGUGUUGCUGUCGGCGGCAGUGGGUGUGGCAGUGGGUGCUGAGUCACUGCUGGCACCAGCUGGGAUGCUGAUGCUGGGCGGAGUGCUCUCAGCGACAUCGGCACUGCCGUUCAAAAUGUCCUGCACACUUUGCGUCAGCUGAGCGAUUUGUUUCUACAUGGGUUCAAUAUGGAGUUGAAGCAAAUGUUAGUCACUGGCACUGGAGCAUUUACGUGUGAUACGCAUUUGGUUGUGUAUACUUACGGCAGCAUCGCUGCUGGCGGCGGCAGCAGCGCUGAGCGGAUCAAUAUCAACCUGCUGGCCAGGUGUAGGAACGCCGGCCGGGAGCUGUGGGGAAGGUUCGACACCAGCCGGGAGCUGUGGGGAGGGCUGAACACCAGCUGGGAGCUGGGCCGGAGCCUCGACACCAGCCGGGAGCUGAGCCGGGGCUUCAACACCAGCCGGGAGCUGAGCAGGCGCCUCGACACCAGCUGGGAGUUGGGCUGGAGCCUGAACGCCAGCAGGAAGCUGGGCAGGCGCCUCAACACCAGCCGGGAGCUGGGCUGGAGCCUGAACGCCAGCUGGAAGCUGAGCGGGGACAGCCGCACCGGCGGCCUGCUGAUCCGGGGUCUGCGCAAGAGCGACGGCGGCAAGUAGCGAGGCAACAAUAGCGUACUGCAUAUUAGCUGUGUUUUAGAUGUGAGUGAUACUAGUUCCUUUGAAAGAUAACUGAAGCUGAUUAGAUGAGUUUGUAUGUGAAACGAGGACUCGCGCAAGAAA